GUAUUGUACAGUAUAUUGUAAUUAUGUUGCAUAAUAUUCAUGGGUAUUUAAACCAGUCAGCCAGUGGCAAAAUGAUAGUACGUGUACACAUUGCUAUUUCAUCUCCAAGGUUACUGACAACACAGCAGGUGUGACUCAUUGAGCCUAUACUGUCUAUUCAUCUUCAGGAGGAAAGAACACAGUAACUUCACUCCAGUCAGAAGGACAGAGAAAAAGAUGAUGUCCAGCUCUUCCUAUGCCGCUGCCGCUACACUAGAGCAUGAGCUCAAUGUGCCACAACCAGUCCUGGAUGACCACAGGAUACCAGAGGGCUGUCCACAGUGUGUCAGUGACCCACCCACCUAUUGUAUCAGAGCGGCAGGAGUUCUGAGGUACAAUCGGGAGUCUGACAACAACAGGAUAAACUUAACAACCAUUCCUCCAGCGUCCAAGCCUCAGACAGAAUACCCAUUGAAAUGUGAAUACUGUGGACUAAGGGCCCAACCUUCACUGGAUCUUCCAUUGGCACAGGGGCCAGAGACCAUGCCACUCUUCUGCUGUGUCCAGUGGCAGCAGCUGUAUCAGACGCUGGUGAAGUGGAACCGUUUGGUUGAGAGGAGAUGUGACCUGAGGACUAGUACUCCAACAUCAUCAUCAGGACACCAGCCAGCCACAGAGAUGAAGGAGUGUCUCUUCCAAGGCAAAGAGAUGGAGGAUUACAACAAGUUUACCCUUGAUUUACCAAGUGGACUUGGAGAAUCAGAAUUGGGUAUCUACAAGGAUUUCUCAGUCCAACUACCUGUAGCAGCAACCCUGGCCCGAACAUCAAAGGUACUCCGCUUCCGGCUCUCUUGUGCUCCAGAACAAGCAUGCUGGACAGUUUACACUGAGAAGCACAUGAACGUAAAAGAGCAAGAGGAGCAGGUGUUAGUCCCUUAUUGUGACCACAAGCCACUUCAGUUUGGCAUAUGCCAUCAUCAGGAUGGGACAGAAUUUCUCAGGAAGUGUUAUUCCAAUGGGAUGACAUUUCUUACAGUGUUCCCUGAUGGCUCUGCUCAGGUCUUCUAUCCCUCAGGCCUCUUGGCUCUCAUUGUCGUGGUCACUGAAGUAAAUGGUAGGGUCUGCAUCGUGUAUGAUGAUAGCAAUGCCUCCUGUCAACCAAUAAGAGCAAUGUUCCAGUCUGAUGGGAGGGCAACGUGUUAUCACAACAACGGAAACAUAUGGCUGACCUUGAACAGUUCAGGCGGUCAGUGUUUGGAUGAGGCGGGUGCCAGGGUUCGUCGGUGGAGCUGGAGCAGUCCCACUCCCCUGCAUCCAGUCUUCCUGUCCAUUAACAAAACUGUUGGGGUCCGAGUCCUCGAGAAGGAACAAGUGUUUGUCUCUUUUCUGGCGAAAGGCCAACAGGCAAAAUUCAGUGUGGGUACCUGCUGUGAUCAGUGUGAAUGUAAAACAGAUGGUUCAGGCCCAUCAGUAUUAGAGGAGUUUGUGUUGGCAGCCAGGAUUAGGAUCAACACGGCCCUUCGACAUCUCAACCAGUACCUGAGUACACCCUCACAUCAAGGGCCUCACUGCCAAGCUUUUCAGUCUAAUGAGACUUAAUUUAGCUUAAAGGUUUAUCCUAUGUAUGAAGAAAGAGCCUUCAUCCAUAGGUGGCAUCAGUCUUUAUGUACUAUUAAUAAAGUACAUAGUGACGUGAUGACAGCAACUAUACUAUGGCUUAUAGCCAGUAAUGCGCUAAAUACCCGUUCAAAAAAAUUAUUUCCUUCUUUUGUUUGACUUUGAUUUGAAUACCAGAGUAAUAAAAGGCAAGCAAACAAUAUAUCAAACAUUAGCUUAAGAGUUUUUUCUACAUAACUGAAUGGUUCUUUUCAGGAAGUAUAAUGGCAUUUACAUCACAAUGAUGAACUGUUGUUCAUCAAUGUACUAUUUUGAAACCACAAACAA